CGUCGUGAUUUCCCUGGCGACCUACGUCACCGCGGAGGGAUAUCAGCCCGCAUCUCGGAGAAGUAGUCCCGGGAAGUUAGAGGGAUCACCUUGAGCCGCGGAGCUGCAGAGCUUCAGUCUGGCGAUCACUCGGCGAGACAAGUACCCACCCAGCAUCAGCUUCCACCAUGCCUCAGCAGAAGACGAUGGACAUGGGCUCGGCCUUCAUCCAGACCCAGCAGCUCGGAGCCGCCAUGGCUGACACCUUCCUGGAGCACCUGUGUCUGCUGGACAUCGACUCGGAGCCCACCACCGCCCGCAACACCGGCAUCAUCUGCACCAUCGGGCCAGCCUCCCGCUCUGUGGACAUGCUGAAGGAGAUGAUCAAAUCUGGGAUGAACGUCGCCCGCUUGAACUUCUCCCACGGCAACCACGAGUACCACUCACAGACCAUCAAGAAUAUUCGCGAGGCCUGUGAGAGCUUUGAGCCCGGCAGCAUCCACUACCGGCCAGUGGGCAUCGCCCUGGACACCAAGGGACCCGAGAUCAGGACCGGACUGAUCAAAGGAAGCGGGGAGGCGGAGGUGGAGCUGAAGAAGGGCAACAUGAUCAAGCUGACCCUGGACGACAGCUUCAUGGACAACUGCGAUGACACGGUCCUGUGGCUGGACUACAAGAACAUCCCCAACGUGGUGGAGAUCGGCAGCAAGAUCUACAUCGACGACGGACUCAUGUCCCUGCAGGUCAAGGAGAUCGGCUCGGACUACCUGAUGUGUGAGAUCGAGAACGGCGGCACACUGGGCAGCAAGAAGGGCGUGAACCUGCCGGGCGCGGCCGUGGACCUGCCCGCCGUCUCGGAGAAGGACAUCCAGGACCUGCAGUUCGGCCUGGAACAGGGCGUGGACAUGGUGUUCGCCUCCUUCAUCCGCAAGGCGGCGGACGUCAAGGCGGUGCGCGCCGUCCUGGGGGAGAAGGGAAAGGACAUCAAGAUCAUCAGCAAGCUGGAGAACCACGAGGGGGUCCGCAGGUUUGACGAGAUCAUGGAUGCCAGCGACGGCAUCAUGGUUGCCCGUGGUGACCUGGGUAUCGAGAUCCCCACGGAGAAGGUCUUCCUGGCCCAGAAGAUGAUGAUUGGUCGCUGCAACAGAGCCGGCAAGCCAAUCACCUGCGCUACACAGAUGUUGGAGAGCAUGAUCAAGAAGCCCCGCCCCACACGCGCAGAGGGCAGCGACGUGGCCAAUGCCGUGCUGGACGGCGCCGACUGCAUCAUGCUGAGCGGGGAGACGGCUAAGGGCGACUACCCCCUGGAGGCCGUCCGCACGCAGCACAUGAUCGCCCGCGAGGCGGAAGCGGCCAUGUUCCACCGGCAGGUGUUUGAGGACCUGCGGCGCAGCACCCCGCCCUCCACCGACCCCGCCGAGGCCAUCGCCAUCGGCUCCGUCGAGGCCUCCUUUAAGAUCCUAGCCGCCGCCUUCAUUGUGCUCACAAACUCUGGAAGGUCCGCCCACCUGAUCUCCAGGUACCGCCCCCGCGCCCCCAUCAUCGCGGUGACGCGUAGCGGGCAGACGGCCCGCCAGGCCCACCUGUACCGCGGCAUCUUCCCCGUGCUCUACAACCGGCCCGCCCACAAUGUCUGGGCCGAGGACGUCGACCUGCGCGUCAACUUUGCCAUGGAGAUGGGCAAGGCCAGGGGCUUCUUCAAGGACGGCGACGUGGUCAUCGUGCUGACCGGCUGGCGCCCGGGCUCCGGCUACACCAACACCAUGAGGGUGGUCAUCGUGCCCUAAGGGUCUCGGGUCUCUGGCCUGCUCACCCCCCCCCCCCCCUCUGCACACCUUCCGUCUCAUUCCUCUGCAACACUCAGCCUUCUCCCCCAGCCGCCCACGCACCAGUUUAGACAUCAGACACACACGAUACGGUUCCUCACUCCCAACACGCGGCCUGACGGCGGCAGCGUGUCAGUCGCUAUAUACACUCCAUCCUUCCUCACGCUGACGUCUCUCUGAUACUCUCCAGGACGGCAGCUUGGUACACCCCGACCACGCCCUCCUGUAUUUAUUCCCUCGUAGUGAGAGGCCAGACGGGUUUAGCAUGCAGGUAGCUGGGUUUCAUGGAGGGGAGAAUCACGAGUCCAACUAAAGGAGGCAGAGCGCUCUCCUCUGCCUUUAACAAAAGACCAGAACAAAACUAGUAUCAAAAUGGCUGCCUGUGCAGUCCCUCCUUCCCCCACAUGGCUCUCCUGUGUGUAUGUAUCUAAUAUGUUUACCCUGAAGCCAGCUGUGACUGUUCAAGUCUCUAAAUGUUGCACUCCCAGCCUACUGUCGCCCAUUCCACAUUCUGUUUUAACUUGAGUGUCGUCGGAGGUGAAAUGUUUAGGGGCAUCCAUGACUACUAUAUUUUGUAACUAUAACGAUAAGAGAGAUGCUAGCUAUGGAUGUCCGAUACUAAGGUCAUUUGAACGCCAGUUACUGUUGUGUUUGAGAGAAACUUUAAGCGUUGUUUUGGUUUAAAUUAUAUCCCGUUAUUUUGUCGGUUUGUGGUUCAGGAACUUUAAAUGUCAACGAGCACUUUCUAGUUUUUUUUGCAAGCAAAUGGGGAGGGCAGAAGCCCAUCCCUCCUGAAACCCCACUGCAUUGUGGGUAAACUCAUCACUCCUCUCCCCUGCUGUCGGCAGUCACUCAUUCCUUAGUGUCGUGACCUUACUUCAAAAUGUGUUAACAGUGGCUGUUUGAGUCUGGUGUACUGAGCUGUCCUACGUGACUGGAUCUGCUUCAAUAAAAGAUUAUAAACGAUCGUAA